UUGCUCCAUUUCCUUUCUUUUUGCAAGAAGCAGUUUUUGUUCUUUAAUUCAAUUUCCGUUUGCACAGAAGAUGGAUACCACAGCUGCUCAAUUUCCAUACCCAUGGCAGCGUUGCAAAAUCAUUCACUUGGUGAGGCACGGACAAGCUAUGCAUAAUGUAGAAGGAGACAUUAAUCGUGAGGCACUGUUGUCUCCUCACCUAUUUGAUGCAGAACUCUCCCCACUUGGGUUGCAGCAGGUUGAUAGACUGCGAAAGGAAGUUCAUGCUCGUGGGCUGCUGAAGAGGGUUGAGUUAGUAGUCACUUCCCCAUUGUACAGAACAAUGCAAACAGCUUUUGGAGUUUUUGGUAGUGAAAGCCAUGGAGAAGGAGCUGCAAUAUCAGCUGUCAAUUGCCCAGAAAUUAUGGCAGUUGAGCUUUGCCGAGACAAAAUGGGGGUUCGUCCUUGUGAUAUGAGGAGAAGGGUCAGCGAGUGCCAGGCUCUUUUCCCUUCGCUUGAUUUUUCAAUGAUGGAUGGGGAAGAGGAUUCCCUGUGGAAUCCGGACGUUCGAGAGCCCGAUGAAGAAGUUUCUGCGAGGAUGGCCCAGUUUAUGAAAUGGCUGUGGACAAGGCCAGAGCAGGACAUUGUUAUUGUGAGCCAUGGCAUAAUCCUGCAGCAUAUCCUGUAUGUACUUGGAAAUGACUCCCACCCAACGGUUAGAUCAGCUUUAUGCAAACGCUUUAGCAAUUGUGAGCUUCGUUCGGUGGUUAUUGUGGACAAAAGCCUAAUGGGAUCGGAUUCACCUCUUUGAUCACCAAGAGUAGUUGCAAAAGAGAACGCGUUAAGGAAGCUUCCAACUAAUUGGAGUCUCUUGACUUUUGAAACAUUAGACUCACUCUGUUAAAUAUAGGGGUUAGUCUCAAAGGAUUCUUUCAUCUUCUUACCAAAUUGCAUUCUUUUCCUUUUAAGGUUGUUUGAUCAAUACAAGUCUGUUUCCGUUGUAAAAUAAUUGAUUGUUUAACAUGUGUUCUCUAUUCUUUAUACAUGGUGAAUAAAUAUGUAUUUUGUCAAAUUCAAUGUACACUCACUGUCCUGUUGGGCAAAUUGUAAUUGGAGUAGAAUAAUUUAUGGAGAAUCAGCAUUU